AAGCUUAUAGGUUCACCUGAUGAUGCCAGUCUCGGAUUUCUGAGAAGUGACAAUGCCCGAAGAUAUGUUAGGCAGCUUCCGCAGUAUCCAAGGCAACAAUUUUCUGCCAGAUUUCCAAACACUUCUCCUGGAGCUCUGGAUUUACUUGAGAAAAUGCUUGUUUUUGACCCAAGCAAACGCAUUACUGUUGAUGAGGCUAUUUGCCAUCCAUACUUGGCCCCUCUUCAUGAAAUCAACGAGGAGCUUGUUUGCCCUCAGCCUUUCGUUUUUGAUUUCGAGCAGCCAUCAUUCACUGAAGAGAAUAUCAAGGAGCUCAUUUGGAUGGAAUCCGUAAAACUUAACCCAGACCCGACUCACUGAGGAAUGUCAUCGCUUGAUGUAAGCCGAAAGAAUACCGACAUCUGUAGGAAUCUGUGUUGGACACAUAAAAAAUUCCCCAAAAGGGAGUGAACAAUAGUUUUAAUGGAGAUAUUGGGAUAUGAUAAACAUCGUACUUAGGUUUUACAACCUUGUAUUGAUCAUAUUAUCUUUCUAUUGAAUGUUGUAAAAGAGGAGUUGAACUGAGUUUUUUUCAAGAACAUGCUGAGAUGAGCCAAUUAGAGUUAAAUUUUGAAUUUCUGA